UCCUUCCCUUUUAUCCGAAGAGCCGCCAGCAAGGGGACAGGUGGCCCCAGCAGCGAGUGACAGCCAGUGCCCAUGGCCGGGGACAGCGGGAUGGCCGGGAAGGUGGCGCUGCUCCUGUGGGCCCAGACCCUCGGCCUCGCUGGUGCCCAGACCCCCCAGCUCCUGGUGGAGCCCCCCUGGACGCCGGCGGUGCUGUGGGACCGGGUGACACUGACCUGCCAGGGCUCGGGGACCGCCGGUGACACCACCUGGUACAAGGACGGGCGGCACUGGUGGCAGGAGGGACCCGACAGCUUCACUGUCACCGAGAGUGGCACCUACCAGUGUCAGAGACCCGGGACCGGGCUCAGCCCCGCCGUGACAGUCUCAAGAUGUUCGGUCACCUCGGUGUCCUUCUACCGCGACGGGAAGAAAUUGCAGACACUUCAGGAUGGGACCGAGCUGUCCCUGUCCCCUCUGCAGCGGAACCACAGCGGCCGCUACCACUGCAGGGGCAGGUGGAACACUUGGGGCGUGGGAGCAGUCGGCGCCGGUGACAGUGACAGUGCAGGGUGA